CAUCAAAGUUCUUUAUUAUAAAAAUCUGAGCGACUUUGCUCUACACCACAACAAUCUUCCACCAUGCCCCCCAGCAAAAUGAAAACCAAUGCCUUGCCCCGGACGGGAGCCUCGUCUAAGGUUGGCAAGGGUCGCGACAACGCAAAGAACGGGCACCGUUCGGCGGAGACGAUCAAUCGGUUGAAUCUGUACAAGUCUAGAGCGAUUCGCAACAAAAAGGGCAUCGUUAUCGGUGGAGACUUUAUGAUGGGCAACCGAGCCGGUGACAGGGAAAUCACAGCCGAAACUGGACGGAUCGCUCCGGAUCGUCGGUGGUUCGGAAACACCCGAGUCGUUGAUCCGAAGCAGUUGGAUACAUUUAGGCAGGAAAUGACGGAAAAGGUUGCCGAUCCCUAUUCCGUUGUUUUGAAGCGAAAGAAACUGCCUAUGGGACUAUUGAGAGAGGCUGCAGAUCGGGAUGCCCCGCCGAGUCAGGCCUUGUUGGAGCAGGAGCCUUUCUCACAAGCAUUUGGUAGCAAAUCCAGGCGUAAGAGGGUCAAAUUGGACCAGCUCAUGCUGGCAAGAACGGACGAAGAUCCGAAUAAGAACAACGUAGAGGAAGGUCGACGCAAGGGCGGUAAAGCAGAAGUGGUAGAAAACUUUUCCUCUACCCAAGAUGGAGAAGAGGUCAAUCCCUAUGCAAAAUUACUAAGUGUUGCCAAAACGAGUCACGAAACCUACCAGAGUCGGAACAGCCGCGAGGGUAUUGUUCCCUGGGGUCGUGAUUCGAAUCUAACUAAGACAGAGGGAGAAAACGUUGAUUGGAGACACGAAAAGAAAGACGAUUUGUUCUUGAAGGGUCAAUCCAAACGAAUCUGGGGAGAAUUUUUCAAGGUCGUCGAUUGUUCGGAUGUUAUUCUACACAUCAUUGAUGCACGCAAUGUGCCAGGUACUCGAUGUACUAUGAUUGAAAGACACAUUCGCGAUAAUGCAUCUCACAAGCAUUUGGUCUUCGUGCUAAAUAAGAUUGAUUUGGUUCCCAACUGGGUGGCGAAACGUUGGAUGGGAGAGCUGGCCAAAGAUCGUCCCACCAUCGCCUUUCAUGCGUCCAUGACACAUGCGUUCGGAAAAGGUGCGCUGAUUAGUCUCCUCCGACAGUUUGGAAAACUGCACGAUGACAAAAAGCAAAUCAGUGUUGGCGUGAUCGGCUAUCCCAAUGUUGGAAAGAGUAGUGUUAUCAACACACUUAUUUCCAAAAAGUCGUGCAAGGUUGCUCCCAUUCCCGGAGAGACAAAGAUCUGGCAAUACAUUACUUUAUUUAAGCGUAUUUCACUCAUUGAUUGCCCUGGAGUUGUUGUUGACACAGCAGGGGACACUGAGACAGAGUCGGUCCUGAAGGGUGUUGUUCGAGCUGAGAGACUCGAAACUCCAGAAGACUAUAUCCAAGCGAUCGUAAACAAAGUGAAACGUGAACACAUUGCAGGACAGUAUAAGUUCACAAAGGAAGAGUCUAAAUGGAAAAAUGUCACGCAUUUAUUGGAAACUAUAGCAACGAAGGCAGGUAGACUGCUUAAGGGUGGAGACCCUUGUCUUCGAAGUGCAGCUAUUACUGUGAUCAACGAUUUCCAAAGAGGGAGGUUGCCUCAUUAUGUACCGCCUCCAGAAUUGAAAGAAGAUGAAGAGCAAAUCAAAUCGAGCGAAGCAGUCGUACAAUCAAUUGAACCCGAAACACAAGAUCUAGAAAACGUCGGAGAGGAAAAUAUGAAGACCGACCAAACGGAGGAAGAAGAUCAAACUAGUGAAAAGAACGAAAUAGAGUCGACGGAGAAUAAACAAGCUGAAGAGGGAGAAAAAGAUGAACCUAUUGCCGUUGCGGAAGGAGAAUGGGAAGAUUGAUAAUGACAAUUUAGGAACGAUAUGUGGACUUUGUUUUGAUCCAAUAGAUUCUAAUUUAGGUU